AUGAACACUUUCGAGUUUCUGAGUUUGGCCUACGGCUGGCAGGUUCUUGUCGUGGACAACGGCGACCAGGACGUGGGUGCCAUCCGUAAGGCCAUUGCCGAAGCGAAAGCUUGCACGGACAAGCCCACCUUGAUCAAGGUGAAGACCACCAUCGGUUUCGGAUCGCCGAACAAGGCUGACAGCCACGAUGCGCAUGGCGCCCCCCUGGGAGCGGAUGAGGCUGAGGCAACGCGCAAGCAGCUGGGCUGGAGCUAUGGUGAGUUCGAGGUGCCGGAGCACGUCUAUGCCGCUUUCAAGAAGCAGGCAGAUGCUGGUGUCGAGAAGCAAGCCGAGUGGGACAAGCUCUUCGCAGCCUACAAGGAGAAGGAGCCGGAGCUUGCGGCCCAGUUCGAGCGUGCAGUGCUCAACAGGAAACUGCCGGACAACUGGGAGGAGUGCUUGCCCAAGCUGACACCAGAGGACACUGGCAAGGCCACGCGCCUUCACUCGCAGGACUGCCUCAAUGCCAUCGCCCCCGUCCUACCUGAGUUCAUGGGCGGUUCUGCCGACCUGGCACCCUCCAACAUGACCCUGAUGAAGUGCACUGGCGACUUCUUGAAGGACAGCUACUCGGAGAGGAACUUCCGCUUCGGCAUCCGUGAGUUCGGCAUGGGAGCAGUGUGCAACGCCCUGUCGCUGGACAAGACAGGCAUCAUCCCUUACUGCGCUACCUUUACCAUCUUCACCGACUAUAUGCGCUCUGCCAUCCGAAUCGCUGCCUUGUCGCAAGCUGGCACAAUCUUCGUGACGACACACGACUCCAUCGCUGUAGGCGAGGAUGGACCUACCCACCAGCCCAUCGAGACUAUCCCCUCUCUGCGUCUCAUUCCCGACCUCACGGUCAUGAGGCCGGCGGACGGCAACGAGACGGCAGGCGCCUACAAGUAUGCUGUGGAGCGCUCCAAGUAUGAAUCUCGGCCCACCAUGAUGGCCUUCUCACGACAGGCACUGCCCAACAUUCCUAAUUCCUCCAUCGAGAAUACCAUGAAAGGUGCCUACGAAGUGACGGAGUGCGCCGACCCGGAGGUGAUCAUCAUCGGCACAGGCUCCGAGGUGCACGUCUGCCUGGAUGCCGCCAAGGCCAUGGACCAGAAGGUUCGCGUGGUGUCCAUGCCAUCAGUGGAAGUCUUCCGGGAGCAGUCGGACAGCUACAAGGACUCCCUGCUCCCGAAGGGCGUCCCAACUCUUAGCGUUGAGGCUGCGUGCACCUCGGGCUGGGAGGAGUUCUCCACAGCUCAGGUGGGCAUCAACGUCUUCGGCGCAUCGGCUCCCGGCGGUACCUGCCUGGACAAGUUUGGCUUCAAU